UUUCUGUCAAGCAUCGUAUUCUUUCUGAUCCUCCUCCGCUAAUACCUCGCUUUAUAAAAGACCACAUAGAACACAAUCUCUUCUUUUAACAAUCCGACAACAAAGAAGAUAGAGAUAGACACUAGCUAGUAGACGAUGAGCAGUAGCAAGCACCAUCCGCCAAUGGCGAGAAAGAGUCGCCUCAUGGUGUCCUUAGUGUUGGGAAUGCUCGUACUUUUGUGUGAACGGGGCCAAGCUGCGACGGUAUCGGUCGCAUGGGGUGGAUUGGAAUCGUCGUACUUUAACGAUGCCAUUGUUACGGCAGAAGUGUGUGAGUACGCCGAUGAGAUUGUCUUGAGCCAUCCCAUGUCGAUUGAGUAUCACGACCGGCACUACGUCUUGGGCAGCCUCAUGCUCAAGGCGGCGCAAAUGACCGUGGACAAGAUCAAUAUGUGGCCCAACUGUGGUCUUUCCUUGCAAGAUGGCCGAAACUACUCGCUGACCCUACAAACAUAUGGCGAUGAAUCCGACAAGAACAAGACGGCGCGCAUUGGAACUCAGAUUGUACAAGACAACAAGACCGAUUUCCUCUUGGCGGGAUACUCGUCCAGUUUGACGGCGCUCCUAACGCCGAUUGCCCAAGACCAUCGCAAACUGUGUCUGACAGGCGGCAGUUCCCGCACCAGUGUCCAUGCCGAUCGCGAUUACAUUUUUGGACUCAAUCCACCCAGUAGUGCUUAUUUGGAAAAUGCCUUUGUGGGAACCUCCCGGCACGGCGCCAAGACGGUCGCGUACAUUGCCGAAGAUUCGGCCAGUGCGUGCGAUGGCGUCGCCGACAUGGCCACCAAGUACGACAUGGAACUGGUCGAUGUCACGAUCAUUCCGGAAGAAGCAUCACUUGCAGUCUAUCAAAUGGUGGCGCAGAAUGUCUCGCAAAUCAAUCCCGAUCUCAUGAUUACCUGUGUCCGGACGCGUCUGUCGUACUGGAACGCUGCCAUGCGGGCCGUCGAUUGGGUUCCCAAAGCACAAGCGUACACGUAUGUCGUUGGUACGAAUGAAUUUGAAGUCGAAUUGGGCGCCACCGAUUUGCCCUUUACCAUGGGAGUCUCCAGUUGGGAUUCCGCCAUUCCUCCCAUUCCCGACGUGGCGAGUGGUUGGACGCCCAAAGCAUUUGAUGCCAUUUUUGAACAAGCGGCAUUUCGACGACCGGCGUAUCAACAAGUCCAACAAAGUGCCGUGGUCAGUGUUCUAGCACAAGCUAUUGAACGUGUCGGUAGUUUUGUGGGACAGAAUGCUACCGAUCAAAUUCGAGACGUCAUUGCCACGGGAUACUUUCCUACCGUCUAUGGCAAUGUCAGUUUUGAUCCCAAUGGACAAAAUGCCGUGCCAUUCUUGUUGCUCCAAUACGACGACGCCAGUACGUUGCACGUACUACUUCCGGACGACAAACAUUUUACCGACUUUGAACUGUACUAUCCACUUCCUACGUGGGCCGAACGGGAUUGUUUGUUUCGAUCGACGUGUCUCGUGACGGGAGGCACUUGCGACACCAAUGGCACGUGCGGCACAUGCCCACCAUCGUUUCAAUCCACUGGAGUACGAGAAAAUGCCACGUGCAUCCUGCCGGCAUCCGAUCAAACGACGAUUGUCAUUCAAGAAUCGACCGAUUAUACACUGACCGUCAUUAUUCCCACCAUUGUCGCCGUGAUUGUUGCGGCGGCCGCCUUUAUUUAUUGGGUCAAAAUCGCCAAAGAUCGAGAGAAUGAUUCUGUUUGGAAAGUCCAGCCGGACGAAUUGCAGUUUGGAGAUCCCCCCACGAUUAUUGGAAGAGGAUCGUUUGGGGUUGUGCUGCAGGCCGAAUUUCGUGGCACGCAAGUCGCCGUCAAGCGAGUGUUGCCACCUCGCAACGAUCCCGAUAGUUCGGAGGUUAUGAAACGCAUCAGUGGCGCCGUGAUGAAGAACAAGAAAAAGCUGCGGUCCGUGAUUCAUCAUAGUUUUGAACGAGCACAACAACAAGAAGACGAUAAUCAACAACAAACAAUGACAAACAAGAGCAAACGGGAUGUCACCGAGGGUCUGUCGUCGGGGACAUCGCAAAAGGGGUUGUCGUCGGGGAUAUCGCAAAUGUCGCUGGGAUUAACGUCGGGGGGAGUAGGGGGCAGCACCAACAAGUAUCUCAUGACACCACCGAGAAAUAUCAGCGAGUUCCGGUUGCGGGAAGAGUUUUGUAAGGAAAUGAGAACGCUCAGUCGACUCCGUCAUCCUUGUGUCACCACCGUGAUGGGGGCAGUUGUGGACCCAAAGGUAGAACCCAUGCUCAUUAUGGAGUACAUGGAACAUGGAUCACUGCAGGAUAUUCUUCAGAAUGAAACCAUGUUUAUUGAAAAGGAAAUGCUUCUUUCCAUCUUGAAAGACAUUGCAUCUGGUUGUAGGUUCCUUCACUCGGCAGACCCUCCAGUGCUACACGGGGAUCUGAAGGCUGGGAACAUACUGGUGGAUGGCAAAUGGCGGGCGAAAGUGAGCGACUUUGGGUUGUCACACAGGAGGGAUACUGAAGCCACCGGAACGCCAUUCUUUAUGGCGCCCGAGCUGCUUCGAAAAGAGAGCUUGAACACGAAGGAAUCGGACGUGUACAGCUUUGGAAUCCUGCUGUUUGAGGCUGUCUCUCGUGAAGAUCCUUACGUCGAGGAUGAAGAAGAGGACGUCUCUGACAUCCUUCGUCAAAUUGCCGACCCGCACAUCAAUAAGCGCCCAUCGGCGCCUGCCGAUUGUCCACAACAACUUGGGUCGAUGAUGUGUGAUUGUAUCGUCGCGGACCCCACCGAACGUCCAACCUUUGAAGAACUCGACAAGCGACUCCAACGCAUUGACGUUCGAAAGAUGAAAGAAAACGGUUUCAGAGGCUCUGCAUCGCGACAAUCCUAUGGAAGGGAUCGGACGACAGUUUCAUUGUUUGACAUCUUCCCCAAACACAUCGCCGAGGCUCUGCGCGACGGACGAGAAGUGAAACCGGAGCAUAGAGACAUGGUCACAAUCUUCUUCAGCGACAUUGUUGGUUUCACUGACAUCUCUGCUACACUGGAACCGCGAAAAGUAGCCUCCAUGUUGGAUCGAUUCUAUCACAAGCUUGACAGUCUUUCAAACAUGCACGACGUAUUCAAGGUUGAGACCAUUGGUGAUGCUUACAUGGCGGUGACCAACCUGGUGAAAGAUCAGCCCGACGAUCAUGCAACUCGCAUCGCAGAGUUUAGCGUCGACGCAAUCAUGGCAGCACACGAGACCCUGAUUGACCUGGAACAUCCGGAGUUGGGGCACCUGAAUAUUCGAUGUGGAUUUCAUUCGGGUCCAGUUGUUGCCGACGUCGUGGGAAGUCGCAAUCCUCGCUAUUGUUUGUUCGGUGAUACUGUGAACACUUCCAGUCGCAUGGAAAGUAACUCCAAGAGGAACCGCAUUCACUGUUCCGAGGCUUCAGCCUUGCAACUUGAGAAAGAAGGAGCUACCGUGCCCGUAACGUCGAGGGGUAUCAUCAAGGUAAAAGGCAAGGGCAAGAUGAAGACAUUCUGGGUGAACGAAGAUGCCGCGAACCCACCUCCUGCAAUGGAGUCUCCUCUCGACCUGGAUAUUGUUGACGAGGAGUUGGAUGAAUCCAAGUUCUUCAAUAACACCAACCACUCGGCGGUGCUCACCAAUACGGAAGAUUCUUCUACCUUUUCCAACCGUUCCUUCGCGUUUUCCAACCGUUCCUCCUCAGCCUUUUCCUUUAGGCGUUCGAGCAAAUCCCGUCCCAGCUUCGCGAGCGCUUCCCCUCCUAAUCAAGACAAGGAAGAAAACUCUGAAAGCCCGUAUGAAGCUUUUGCCAACAAUCCCGAGCAAGUUGCGGAAGCUGUUACGGAGGAAGAAUUGUCCAAUCCGUCUGGGGCCUUUUCCAAUCCGUCCGACGAGCACUUCAAUGAUGAACGAUCUGGCAUCUCAGCGAUGUCUAGCUAGCUAGAUUGCUCUUGGCUUUGUUUUGGGUCGGUAGCUGACAAGGGGAGAUUGGUUGGUUGGCAAUGGAUUUGCUUUGAUUUGGGAAUAGAAGGCUCACUCGUAAGUGUGUCCACGAUAGAUAUCUUUUACAAUCAGCUUUCGUAGCUCAUACUACACCUACUCAUGUGUACCGUAAUCAUAUACAAAUGCUUGAGAAUGAACUUACUAGUACCAGUAUCGCUUUCAGCUUCUCAUUAUUAGACACCACGACACAAAGUGCCUGUCUGUACUAUCUUCAUCGUGCCAAGUGUUCACCAUUCGCUUUUCUCAUUUUUGAUUUCCUUCGGUGUGAUGAUAAGCCCGCUCCUUUGCAGCUCCUCCUCCCAAGGCUUCAUAGCAUGGAUACCAGAUUCAUAUAUCGCCAUUGUCUUCCGCAACAAAUUGACCGACUGUGGGAUGAGACCCAAAUUCCCGGCUCGCUUUAUGAGUUUGGCAAUCUUGCACUGAUGAUCCCUGGCUCCAAGCCGUGUCCUGACACGAUGCAUGAUCUGUCCAGCUGGACUAGUCUAAUAUAACGUCGUAGUAGCGCAAGAUUGUUGUGGUGAAGCAACUCGGUGGGCAAUGGUUUGGCUCGUUUUCGAUUGACGACCCGCGACAAAUUCAGAUCUCUGGGCAACAUGUCUUCAAAUGGGUGCUUUUUAGCACCGACCUUUUUGCUGACUUCCCAUUUGGCUCUGCUUGUGAGCCACUUGAGACAAAAAUCUUGAUUGUCGGGAUCUUCGGCGGAAUCAUCGGUAUUUCCCUGCAUGUGAAUUUCCUUGUCAUCUAGAAGAACACCAGAGGGCUUUGAUGAUGAUGAUUUGGAAGUAGAGUCAUUGUGCACUGGGAAAUCUUCUUCCGAGACAGCGGUAUUGCGCUGAUCAUCCAUGUAUUUUUGAAAGGACUCAAAAAAUUCCGAUUUGGUAAAGUUCUGAGUGAAUCCAGUUUCCUUGUCUCGUCCAAAACUCUUCUCCAUCAUCUAGAGCACUGUGGUGGCCUCUUGAGCCUUGACCGAACGUCCCAGGACAUUCAGCAACAUCUGCGCAAGCCGCACACAUUUGCCCAAGUCAUCCACCACUUUGGUGUCUCCAGCACCACUGUCCUCCUGAUCCUUCCAGCUUUCAAUCACACGCUUGCUUGCUCA